AUGUGCGGACAAACAACCAUGGUCUACGGGUGCAUUUGCGGCAGAUUGAGUCAGGAACUCAUGCCUCCUCGUACCUGUAGUCCUGCUUGCGAGAUCGAGAAGACUCAACUCGAGAUCAGACUACAUCGACCCUGUGGAGAAUGCUACGAGCUCAACACUGAUAUAUUCGCACAGCUGCAGUCGAACUAUACAGACUGUUCAAAGAUCAGUAUUCAUGAUAAGCCACUUCCAGGCAUCCCAGGACCUGGACCGACCGAGGGCCUUCCACCAAGCUAUCAACAGGCCACUGAGCAACCCCCAUCGUAUACUCGAGCGAUUACUGAAGAGGAACCCGCAACCUACGAAACCGUCAUUACCGCUAUCGCAACUUUCCAACCAGAUGAGAUCGUUAGAGCGUGGCAUACUUUUCGCGCUUCUCAGCUUUCGCUCUUAUCCCCAUCGAUCACCGAUCUCGAGAUGUUUGAACGACGAGUCAGCAAGGCCAGGCGGAGGCUCUACCGACCUGAAGACAUUGGCUUCUGUGAGGAAGUGAUCAUCAGAUUGACUCGGGAGCAGAACACUCUGUACAAGAGUCUACAGCUAGGUGAAAGAUAUCUCGAUGCUACUCUUAUUCUCAAGUACGGCCUCGACAAAUACCAAGCUCUCGCCAGAGAAUCUAACAAGCUCGGUGAUUAUGGGCAGGCUCGCUUGCACGUCAAAGCUGCCAGUGAGCACGCUGAUAGACUCCUUGAGAUGAAGAUCCGGCUUUCUAGACCCGAACUGCAGCCACGACGACUGGCUGGGCACGCAAGACAACAGCUUUACCUGCUCGACAAGAUUGUUCAAACUUUGGAAGCCAGAACUACCUCGAGAAUUCGGGCUCUUGUGCAAGUUGCAUCCCGCUCUGACUAUGAUAUGCACUGCUAA